AUGAGCGCUGCAAGACUACUCAACUCCUCUCGCCUGCGCCAGACGGCUUUUGUGGCAGCCGCUUGCGCCGGCGUCCAUAGCUACACGCGAAGAAGUCCUCUGGUCAAGCUCGACAGUCCGCCGGGCUCUCACGUUCCUCAAGAUGCCUCUCUCAUAUCCUACGGUCGCCGCCUGCAGAGCAACCUUGUCCAGGCUGAAGAUCACAAGUCCGGGCCAUCCCGCGUCGGUCUAGAACCCAUUGCCGAACCCAAGGAUGCCGAACACUCCACGCCGGCUUCAGACCCGGAGGAAGAAACGUCAUGGGCGUCAUUCUUAAAUAACUUUGCGGCUGUCAGAGAUGGUAUUGCGGCAAUAGAAUGGGGCGCCAUUCCGGACAAGAUCACCGACUUUGUCUUACCUAGCUGGGCAAGACUGUUGCCUGAGGGGAUCCAGAAGUUACAGUUCGAGCUGUCCAUGCAGCCAGGCACUCUGGCCGACGAGAUAUGGCAAGAAGCCAACGACCCAAACAUCAAUCCAGAAAUAUUGUGGAACGCCACUGUCCGCGUGGGAGACACUCUGGGCAGAGACGAGCUUGAGUUCCGUCGCAAGAGAAAGGAACGUGUCACCAAGGCAUUGGCAAGAUAUCUUGAAGUGGACGAGGGGGAGAUACAUCCGGACGAUGUACCCACCAUCGCCAUGUGCGGGAGUGGUGGUGGGCUGCGAGCGAUGGUCGCCGGGUCCAGCAGUUAUUUGUGCACGCAAGAUGCCGGCCUCUUUGAUUGCGUCACCUACAUGGCUGGAGUGAGUGGCAGUUGCUGGCUCCAGUCCCUGUUCUUCUCUUCCCUCGGCAAACAGGAUUUCCGUUGUCUGUUAAAGCACUUGAAGGGUCGCCUGGGCACGCAUAUUGCUUUUCCUCCAGCGGCGUUAAAACUGGUCACCAGCGCGCCGACCAACAAGUUCAUCCUGAGUGGCUUCAUUGAGAAAUUGAAGGGAGACCCCGGCGCGUCGUUCGGCUUGGUCGAUAUCUACAGUCUUCUGCUCGCUGCCCGGCUUCUCGUGCCUCAUGGUGACUUGGAUGUUCACGACCAGGAUUUGAAAUUGUCGAACCAACGGAACUACCUCGAGAAUGGUGAAUAUCCCAUGCCAAUCUACACUGCGGUAAGACAUGAGAUUCCGGUUGAUGAAGAGGAGGUGGAGGAAGCAAAAGACAAUCUGGCCCUAAAACAGGAGAUCAAGGAUAAGGCGCGAAAAGAAGCAUGGUUUCAAUGGUUUGAAAUGCAUCCUUGGGAAGUAUGGUGUGAAGAGUUUGGCGCGGGGAUCCCGACGUGGAGCUUGGGCAGACCGUUCGACAAAGGUCACGGCCAGCUGCUCGAUACUGGGGUUGCCUUGCCAGAAAUCCGGCAAAGUCUUCUACUCGGCAUUUGGGGCUCGGCUUUCUGUGCCACUCUGUCUCACUAUUACAAGGAGAUCAAACCGGCAUUGCUUGGAAUUGUGGGUUUCGCGGGAUUAGAUGGCCUUGUGGAGGAAAAGAACGAGGACCUGAUGAAGAUCCAUCCUAUCGACCCAGCGACUAUUCCCAACUUUGUUCACGGCAUGAAGGGUCAACUACCCUCCACAUGUCCGGACUCCGUGUUCAAAACUGAUCAUCUUCAGCUCAUGGACGCUGGAAUGAGCAACAACCUACCGAUAUAUCCGCUCUUACGGCCCGGUCGUGAUGUUGAAAUUCUCAUCGCGUUCGACGCAUCUGCAGACAUCCAGAAGGAGAAUUGGCUUUCCGUUGUCGACGGCUAUGCCAAACAACGUGGGAUCAAGGGCUGGCCAAUUGGUGCCGGGUGGCAACAGGCGUCGUCUGAACCGCAGGAUACUGCCCUAGCAUUGGAUGAAGCGCAAGCAACAUCGCCGCAGGAGGCAGCCAUUAAGGUCGCUGAAGCGCGAGAGGAGAAUCGAGAGGAGAAAACAUCGAAACCAAAAGAUGUCGGCAUCUCAAAAAGCCCGACCACAGGACAACGUCCUGAUGCAGAAUCGGUGCUAGGUCCAUGCAAUGUUUGGGUUGGAAUGAAGAGUGAACGGUCAAGUGACGAUGAACCUCCACCGUCCAAACGCCUCGCAUGGGACGAUCCGGAAGACUCGACAUUCCACCUCACGAAUCCCGAAGCUGGUAUUGCAGUCAUAUAUUUCCCCCUCAUCCCCAACCCGAAAGUCGAAGGAGUUGACCCUGACAAGACCGAUUAUAUGUCUACUUGGAACUUUGUCUAUACCCCGGAGCAGAUCGACAGUGUUGUGGCGCUGGCAAAAGCGAAUUUCGAAGAAGGCGCCGAGGUCACCAAACGGACGGUCCGCGCCGUGUACGAGCGGAAGAAGAAGCUAAGACUGGAGCGCGAGGCCAAGGCCAGACAGAAGGAAUGGAAAGUCAAAUUGAGGGAAAAUGGGGACCAUUUUGGUGGAAACUAG